AUGGAUACCCAUAGAAAAAUAAGUAAUACUAAUAAAAAUACCGAAACCAAAUACCCUUAUUUUUAUCAAAAUUAUGAAUAUAAUUUUUUUACCGACAAAUAUGACUUUGAUGGAGAUUUGUUUUCACCAAAUCCAUCUUUCUUAUGUGAUCCAAUGGAUUAUCACAACAAUAAAAGUAAUCAUAUCGAAAAAAAGACAGAAGAAACAUUAAACAAUGAAAACACAUACAAUAAUACCAUUUUAAAUAUAAAUAAAAAAAAUUUUAAGGAAAAUAGUAGCUUUACAAUAAAUAAUAAAACAGAAAAAAAUAUUGUAAAUAUAAAUAAUUAUAAUGGUCAAUUCUCUAAAGUAAAUUUCAUGCAUAAAUUAAAAAGAAAUGUUCAUAAUCCUAAAAACCGUGAACGUAAUGUUAAUGUUUUGAAACAAAAUAUGAAUGCAGAUUAUUACGGUGCAACAAAUGCCCCUCAAAAUGAAAAUGAUACCUCUAAUGAUAGGAAUAACAUUCCUAUAAAUUAUAAAAUCUCUAGUAAACUCCUUAACACAACUGAUGAUACAAUAUAUAGUGAUAAUAAUAAUAACCUAGGUAUGUCACGAAAUUUUCAAAUAGACAACAAAUAUAUUCAUACAAUUAGAAUGAAUAAAAAUGACAAAAAUACUCUACUAAAAAAUCGAAUACUAUUUUAUGAUAAUUCUAAGUUUUACUAUAAAAGUUAUGUUAAUAAAAUGUCAAAAAUAAAAGAAAAAUUUAACUCCAAUCUUCCGGAAAACAUACAAAUGCAAUUAAAAAGAAAUGAUACAAAUAAAGGGAUAAAUAAUUUAAAUAACAAAUUCGAAUAUACUUUAGAUCCUAAAAAUAAAUUUCCAUCAUCUUUUAUCUAUUCAAAUAGAUCAGAUAAUUUUAAAAAUUUUGUUUACAAUCUCAAUAGUAGUAAUGAAUGUUUAAGAAAUAAAUAUAGUCAGAAUGAAAAAGCAAAAUAUACAGAUCAGUUAUUAUCCGAAAAAAAUAAAAAACCAAAGUAUAAAAAUGAGUUACCUUGUAAAAAAAAUAAACAAACCAAUCAUUUUAAUAUUUCAAGCUAUAUAAACAAAUAUUUAUACCCAAAACAAGAUUGUAAAGAAAAACAACCAAAUAUCGUACUAGAUCAAAAAAAAAACUUAAAUGACAAUUUAAUUUAUUUAUCAGCCAAUUCAAAAGAAGAAAACAAUAUAUAUAAUAUUCACGAUUUAAAAGGAGUUAAUGAUAAUAUAAAGAAUAGUUCUAUGAAAAAUAAUAAUUUAGGAUAUAAAUAUCACAAAUUAAGAAAUUCAUAUGAUAUUAAUCAAACUAGGAAUACUGUUAUAAAAAAAGAACAUUCUAAUGAUAAUACAGAUCAAAAAAACACAAAAUUAAAAAUAUAUGAAAAUUUAGAAAUAUUUGAAAAUGAAUUUUUAAAUGAAAAUUGUCCAAAAAAUUAUACACAUGCAAGCUCAAUAGACAAACCAACUUUAUUUAUUGAAAAUAAUAAAAAGACAAAAUUUAACGAAUCUAACUUUCAAACUGAAAAAAAUACAAAUCAUCAAAAACGAACACAAAAUAUAAAUCAGGAAAAUGAUAAAAUUCAAAUUAUGCAUUUAGGAUCCUUUAAUGAGGCUAAUAAAAUCAAAGAAAAUAAUGAAAUUAAAUUAGAUAAUCGAAAACAUGUCAUAAAUAUACCUAUAAAUUUUAAUUUAAAAAGAAAUUUUAAGGGAUACAAAAAUUAUGUUGAAACCAAACAAAAAAAAAAUAAAAAAAAUAAUAAUCCUAAUGCAUUAUUAAAUGGAAAUCAUAGAAAAGGUCUACAUAUAGAUAAUUUGAAAAAAAAUACGCUUGUAAAUUUUAAUAAAUCUGAAAUAAAUGAUAAAAAGGAAUUUAAAAAUCCCCCUUUAAUAAACAAAAUAUCUAAUGAACAAAAUGUACAUAUUGAAAACGUCUUUAAUUCCAAUCAUUCUUUUAAAUCGAAUGAUAUCAAAGAAAUACAUGAUUCCUAUAAUAUUAAUGAAAACAAUAAAGAAAACAAUUCAAACGAACAAAUUAAUACUAUUCACGAAAAAUUAAUGAACCAAGACCAAGUCUUACAUAGAAAUGACCUAAAUGAUGUAAGCCAUAAUAGUAAUGAUGAUAAUAUUAAUACUAAUUUUGAAGAUAAUACAAAUUUAUAUAGUAAUGCUUCAAAUUUCUCCUUACAUGACAAAAUAAUUUUCAAGAAUUAUUACAACAUUUCGGAGGAUCACCAACAAUUGGACGAAUUAAAACCAAAAGAUUCAAAUAAUAAAAUCGAAUCAAAGAUCGAACAAAUAUUAUAUAAAGAGAUUAAUGAUAUUUUUGAUAAAACAAACUAUUAUAUCAAAAAUGAAAACAAUGACAAUAGUAACAAUUAUGAAAUUCUUAAUAUAACACCAGAGUCCAAUUAUAAAUUUAAAGAAAACCCAAUAUCAAAUAUAAUUAAAACUGACUUCCAAGAUAUGAAUGAGAAAAAUGAUAUAAUUCACUCACAUGAUAAUUCUUCUAAUAAAAUUAAUGAUGAGAUGAUAAAGGGAGAAAAAUGUAAUCGCGAACAUAAAACAGACCCAUAUUAUUUAUCAGAUAGCUGGGAAUGUUUUAAAAACGUAUUUUCAAGUAAUUCACAUAAUAAAAAUUAUUAUGAUUUAUCAUUAAAUGAAAUUGCACCAAAUGAAAAAGACAAUGUGAUCGAAAAUUCGCUAACAAAUGUUUUUUUUUUAGAUGAUGAUACAACUAGUAAAAAAAAAAGUAACAUAGAAUAUAAUGGAAAUAAUUCAAAUGACAUAGUAGUACUUAUUAAUAAACUUGAGAAUGAAAUAAAUCCUGAAACCUCAGAUAAUGAUGAACAAAAUGAAUAUAUCAGAAAUAUAUUCAAUAUAUUCGACAAUAUUAAAUCAGAUUAUGAAAUGGAAGAAAUGAAUAACACCAAACAUGACAUAAUAAUCAACGAAGUUAAUAACAAUUAUUCUGAAGGUAUAUAUUUGAAUAAUAUUUCUACACAAACAAAUGAAAAUGGAGUUUUUAAUGAAAUACCAAAUCAAAAUGCUACCAACAAUUUGUUACAUACUGAUCAUAGUGUGUUAAUCACAAAAAAAAAUAAUAAAGAACAAGAUGAGAUAAAAAGUAGUAACUGUUCUAGUGAAGAUUCUAACUCAAAUAUUGAAGAAAACGAAUUAACCAUUUUUCAAGAAUGUUACGAGAAUCAAUAUAAGUAUCAUAAAGACUCGGAAACACAUAUAAACAUUCAAAUACAAACGAAUAAAAAUACAAAUGAUAAUAUAGAAGAUAACACAAAAAUAAAUUUGACCAAAGAAAUUGAAAUAAAACCUCAAACAAAUAUUAAUCAUGCAAAAAACAAUAACAAUACUUUAGAGAUUCAAUAUAAUACAGAAGAACAAAAGGAUAUAACUCCAAAAGAUAUAAAAGAUACUGAUAAUGAAGAAAACGGAACUAAAGAUACAGAUAAAGAAUAUUUUUCCUAUUAUACAGAAAGCCAAAAUGAAAAUACUAAAAGAGAAACAAUCGAAAAUAUUAUUCAAACCAAAAGUGAAGAUUUCAUAAGUAUAGAUUACGAUAAAAAUGAUGAAAUUCAGAGUAAAGAUAAUAAAAAUAUAAGAAUUUAUAGCUAUACUAGUAAUGAAAAUAAAAUAUCUGAUGAUGAAACCUUUUUUACUAGGGAAACUAUAUCCAAUGAUAUAGACAUAAUAGAAAAUCCAAUUGAAGAAAAUAAUUUUACUAAAUCUAUUGACAAUAUAAUGAACUUUUCAAAUUCUAACAACUUAAAAUAUAAUGAACAAAUUUUAUUAACCAAUAAAAAUUUUAAACCAAUCGAAGAAGAAGAUAUAGCAAAAAGAGAAUCCAACAACUUGGUAGAAAAUGUCUACUUAGAGGAAAACCACGAAUAUGAUAAUAAAUCAAAUUAUUUGAUUACAGAAAAUAUUCAAAUUAUAAAAACAUCUAAUGAUGAUAUUGAAAAAGAAAUGACACAUAAAAUUUAUGAAAUCAAAGAGAAUAAUAAAAACAGUUUUCAUAAAAAGGUAGAUAAACACAAUGCAUAUACAAAUAAUGAAAUAAUAAAUGAAUUUAGUUAUUUAUAUAUAAAAAUAAACAAGUAUAAUUUAUUUAAUAGUUUAAAUAUAAAUGCUGAUAGAUUGAAUUAUAUUAACUCUUUAUAUAAUUCAUUUGAUUAUUUUAACAAAACAAUGAAAACGGAAAAUAUAAAAACAAAUGAUAAUACUAUUUACAACAAUAAAAAUGAUACAAACGAAAAUGAAAAUUUUAAAUUAUAUCAAAAAUUAUUUGAAAAUAAAUUAAUUAAAAUAUUUGAUUUCUCAUUACAAGAAAACUGUCUUAUUAACAAUAAACAUUUUGAUAUUGUAGACAUACAAUAUGAAAAUGAUUAUAUUAAUGAACAUUAUAAUAAGGAUAUCGGUAAUAUGCAUAAUUUUUUUGAUAACGCACCAAAUAAUACUAAAAACACAAGCUUGAUAAAAUCUAACACUUUAAAUGAUAAACAAAUAAAUCAUAUAUCGGAUAAACCUGAUUCAGAUAUAUUUAAUACAGAACAAUCAAACAUAAAGGAAUAUCAAAAUACAGUAUUAACAGAUUCUAGUCAAAAAUGUAAUAAUAUGAAAAAUGAAGAUAACAAUAAUAAACAAGAUGAAGGGAGUGAUGAUGACAAUGAAGAUAUACUAUACGAAGACAUUAAAAGGAAUAUAUGGAUAAAAAAUGACGAUUUUAAUAAAAAUGUAGAAAAAGAAAAUGCUAUGAAAUAUAUACAGAUAGAAUCAGCAAAAUGUAUCAUACUAUUUUGUAAUUUAUACAAAAUAAAAUAUUUUCAAGGAAUGCAUGAUAUGAUUAUAAGCUUAUUUUAUUUAAAUUUACACCCCCAUGAGAUCUUCUGUGUUUUUGAAAAAAUAUUACAUUAUUAUGCUCCAUAUUUAUAUUUACAAAAUCAGGAUUAUUAUAUUCAUACAAUUAAAAACGAAUAUCAAGAAAUUAAUCAUAAUGAAUUAGAUUUAAGCAUACAAAUAUCUAAUUACAAUGGAAAGUUGUUUAGAUUAUUAUGCCAAUUUUUCUUUCCAUAUGUUAGUUUUUUCUUUGAUACAUCAAUUAGUGAUAAUUGGUCAAAUUUUUUUUUUGUUAAUCUGAAUUUUAGUAAAUUCAAUAAUGUAUAUUUCUUGCUAUUUAAAUGGAUGAAAUUGAUAGAAAUAAAAGAUGGACAAAAUGGGGUGAAUUGUGAUUUUAUCCUUUAUUUAUUAUCCUUCUUUAAAUAUAAGUUGAAAUUAAUAAAAAGUAAAAUACAUGAAAAAGAAAUUGAGAAAAAUACUUUUAAUAAUUUAAAAAAACAUGACCAAACUAAUGAUAAAAUCGAAACCUCAAAUAAAAAUAUCAAACAAAAGGGGGAAAACCAAUAUCAUAAAUCCAUUGAAGAACCAACAAAAUAUGAUGAGAUAGGACAAAAAUUAUCUGAUAUAAAAAAUGAAAUUUCAAAUCAAGAAAAGUCUGAACACAUCGAAAAUAAAAAAAUUGAAUAUAAAGACAUAAUCAAUUAUGAAAAAGAAAGAAAUACGAAUAUAGGUGAUUCCAAUUAUGAAAACAUUCGAAAAAAUAAAUUAUCUACAUAUUGUACAAAUAUGUUUUCUUCAUUUUUUGGAUUUAACUCAUCAUUUGAUGAUCAUUUUAAAGAUAACUAUAAUACUCAUAUAGAAGAAAUAAUAAAGGAUAUUAAAAAUAUUAAAAAAUGUAUCCCUAUAAGUAUCAUAAAUUUUAUACAAAAUUAUAAUUCCAUGUAUCAAAAAAAAGAAUUGUUAUUAAAACCUGAAGAAAAUUAUUAUGAAAAAUGGAAAUUACCAAAUGAUAUUUCAAAAUCUAUAGAUGAAAAUAUAUGCUUGAAUAUAAAAAUAUCCGAUUUAUUUCACUUCCAUAAUAAUUCAAAAUAUUAUGAGUUUAUUUUUAUUAAAUUAAUAGGGGACAGAAUUAUUCUAAGUAAUCUUAACUCAAUUACACCAAAUAAUUUAGUUAUUAACAAUUUUAUUGAGUUUAAAGGAGUUUAUGAAUUUUUAAAUUACAAACAAAAACUAAAACACACAUUCAAAAAUAAAAAUAAAUUAUUAUAUAUAAUUAUACAAAAUAACAAAGAAAAUGAUGCUAAUUUUAUUAAUUAUAAUUUCAAUGACCUAACUAAAAAACCUAACAUAAAUAAGGAAAAAAAUUAUAGUAAUGAUAAAAAUAUGAAUAAAAGACAUUACUUGAAUAAAGUUUUUUUAAAACGAAAUAAUAAAGACAAUCCAAAUAUUAAUGAAAAUAUAAAUAACAAUACAACGGAUAAAAUUACUUUUCGUAAUUUUUUUACAAUUUUGAAAAAAAAUAAUUUCAAAUAUGUAACUAUACUUCAAGAAAACCCCGAUUUAAUCACAAUAAAUAUUGACAAAAAACAUAAAAAUACACAAAAACAAAUAGACAAGCAAGAAAAUACUAAUAAAGAUACAUUAUUAAAAGAAAACGGUUUCAUAUUUCAAAUGCUUAAAAAAGUAAAAAAUAAAAUAUAUAAAAAUGUUACAAUAAAUGAUGACCUAAAUAAAUACACACACUCUAAAAUCGAUAAUACUCAAGACAAUAACUUAAAUUAUGUAUUAAAAGAUUAUAAUUUUAAAAUAUUUAAUGAAAGGCGAAUAAGAAAAAUAACGAAUUACAAAGACAAAAAAAUUAUUCGAUAUCCAAAAAAUGACAUCAGAAAAAAAAAAAGUGAUAAAAUCAAAAAAAGUAAAACACAAGAUGAAGGGAAUAAUGAGCAUCAUCCUAUAAAUCAAAAUGAAGAAAAAGAUUUACCCAAAAAUAAAUUACCUAAAAAUGUUUCUCAUUCCUUUAAGAAAUAUAAUGAAGGGAAUUAUGCUAAACUAGGUAAUGAUUUAAAAGAAAUUAAUAACUUGAAAAAUCAUAAGUUCGAUUUAAAUGUUAAAAAAAGAAAUAUGGAACCCAUCAAUAUUAGCCCAAAUAUAAAAAAUAGUAUUAUGCUUAAAAAAGCUAAUAAACCAAAGCUAUUUGCCGAUGAUAGUGAACUUAAUAAUAUAAUGUAUUAUAAUUUAAAAAAAGAAAAAACAGAAAAUAUACAGAAAAAAUAUAUAUUACCAACAUCGAAAAAAAACGAACCUGGAAACACUAUAACACAUCCAAACUCUAAAACAAAUAACAUAACAAAAGAAAAAAAUAAUUACAACAUUGGUAAAAAUGAAAAGGAAAAUUUAAACACCGAAAAAGAAAAAAUAUUUUUCGAAACACAAGAAAGUUUUUUUUAA